AAGGCUGAAUCGAUGCUGAGGAUGACGUCAUGGUCGUUGUUUCGAAUGUCGGGAGGUAGCGCUGGGUAGGAGGCCGCGAGCUCUGCUGGGGACACAAUUUAUACAAAUCUGAAGCCCAAGGUCGUCGACAGCCCCCGGUACCUUGUAUUUCAGGAAUAUCCUCUCCCAUCCCCCUUGCCCCCUCUGUCAGAGCAUGGCUCAGGAGACCAAUCAGACGCAGGUGCCAAUGCUUUGCACUAUGGGAUGUGGUUUCUAUGGUAACCCCCGCACCAACGGCAUGUGCUCGGUCUGCUACAAGGAACACCUGCAGAGACAACAGGGAGGGGGGCGAUCCAGCCCGCCAGGAGAGAAAGCUGCUACAUCACCGGCAGGAUCGGCGGGCUCAGCUGGUGUGACUGUGGAGAGUAGUACAACCUCAGAGCCCAGUACAGAGGUGGCAGGAACCCCACCUGAGGAACAAACGAGCAGUCCCAGCUCUCCCAGCCCAGUAACUCAACAGAUGACCGCUAUGAGCAUCUCCCAGGAUUCGGGAGCUGUAGACUCUGAUCGAGCGGAGGCUGAGGAGGGAGAAGAGGAGGGUACUAGCAGCAGCUCAGAGCCAGUAGGGGAAGCAGCACAGGCUUUGUCUGAUAAUGACCAAACUCCAGAUAAAAACAAGAAAAAGAACCGCUGCUUUUCUUGCCGGAAGAAAGUAGGCCUCACUGGUUUUGACUGUCGCUGCGGGAACCUGUUCUGUGCCAUUCACCGUUAUUCUGACAAACACGACUGUCCCUAUGAUUACCGGAGUGCAGCUGCUGCCCGCAUACGCAAGGAGAACCCCAUCGUGGUGGCUGAGAAAAUUCAGAAGUUAUGAGGACUGAGUGCAAAAAAAAAAAAAAGUCUCUGACUUUGUGAAUUUGAACAAUGGCAACUUGGAUGAAAACACCUGAUAUCAUGGCUUCAUUUGUUCAUGGUAGACUAAGACAGGCGGGGUGGGGUGGUGAGGUUGCAGCCACUGUCCAGACGCUUCCCUUACUAGCAUCUCCCUCUCUCUCCACUAGUGAGUGAGUGAGUGUGUGUGUGUGUGUGUGAGUGAGUGAGUGUGUGUGUGUGUGUGUGUGUGUGUGGGGGGGGUCAGGGAGAGAGCCAUAGGGGCCUGGUUGACAUUAGUGUGGCUGUGGGAAGGGAAGACCUUUGAUUUUACCCCUUUUUGUUUGGGGGAUCGUGUUUUUUUUGUUUUUUUUAUACAAUCCCUGUAAGGCUGUUGAAAUGAGACGGGUAAGCUGUUGAGGAAUGUGUCGCAGCCUGGUUAAUGACACAGAGGUCAAUUUAAGAAGGUCUAACAAGUUUAAAAAAAAAAAAAAAAAAACCUAACUGGGAGAUUUCAUGUAUCUGCAAGACCUUUUAAGGGCUUUUAGAAUAUACAUUUUUUUUCCUCCCCGACUGAAAAUGAUGUCAACUUCUUGUCAAAUUGGCAGAUUUUUUUUUCUCCUUCCCACCUCCUCUUACCUUUUCUCUAUUGGUCACCAUAUGUUGAACUCCCAAGUCUCAGCAUUUUCCAGAAACGUUUCUCUUUGAUAUAUUGACUUAUCAUACUGAUAUUGGGUGCAUGAACAGUUAUUGGACGGGAAAGGUAGGGGAGGGCAAGGGUAGGGGGAACUGAGAACCUUGACUUAACCGAGUGAUUGAAUUCUGUUUUUUUUUUUUUUUUCGUUUUUUUUCUGUUUUAAUGAGCGUAUGACAUCAGAAGAUCUAUAUUAAUAUAUUGUAGUUAGCUUGAAUUGUGUGAUUGCAUUCUAUUUAUUUUUUAUCGUUUGGUUGGUCUGUGCUGGAGGAUUGGCAGCAUGUGUCAGCAAAUCAUUAAGGUUUGCACUUAACCUUUUCAAUUAUAUUUAGGUAAUUCCAUCUUGAUUAUAUAACCAUUGAAUAAAAGAUACACAAGCUCUGACAUGAUAAGAGUAGAGUCCAGUUAAGCCGCCGUUACAGUUACAAUCGUGCAGUAAAAUGUCCAUAGUUUUGGAUUUUGGAAACAAAGCACAACAAAGUGUGUCAACUGCAGAGCACAAAAUAAUGUGCCACACCUACUCAGUUUUGUUCAGCAUCUGGGUCAUUUGCAGUUUAUAUUUGAUCUGUAUAGCAGGCUCGCUGAACAAAUUGCCUGAUUGAUGAGACGUUCUGUUUUCCCUUUUCUGUUCUAUGGAGUCAGAGUGAAGCUCCCUGUUUCUCUAACCACCAGCAGACCACUGACACAUGCUGAAUGAAAACUGACCUGGGUCGCAGUGACUCUACACAUUGACACACCUUCUGCUCUGCUAAAGUAAGGGUUGUCGCAGUGCUACGGAGUUGCGUGCUGUGCUUUUUACAAUGUGCUCAGAUUCAGACGAGUCCUUGCUACGAAGAUCGCCUCUAGCUAGCUUCUUCUAGGAAGAUCAAUCUUACCUGCAUGUGUGCAGUCCAACAAAUGAGUUACUGUUUGGUAACCGUUUGAAAUGAAGCUAGAAUGUUCAAAAAAGCCACACAGCAGUAGCACAAUGCAUGGCUAGAACCCUAAGGUUCAAGUUAACAGGACUCUACUUUAAAAAAAUGUUCUUCCAAAUGUAAAUACCAUAUGGCUCCUAUUCAUAUAGUAUAAUCUUAAUGUAGAUUUUUGCCAAGUAAUAAAGGUGGGGGACUAAGGCGAAGAAUAGUACUAUGUGUAUAAAAGUGCUUUUCAUAAUUAUCCCAAAAAAUGAAUGUGCCACAAAUGGCACUUUUUUUUUUUUGUUGUUGUUUUUUUUCCCCCCAUCUUUUUAUUUACAAGUUAUUAACCACAUCAUCUGCCCAUGUAAUGUCCAAAGUAUGUUUAGUAGUUGGCUCUACCAUGAGUAUCUCCUACAGGCCAUGUGGCUUCUAUUCUACGAUACUAGUCCGAUUGUUAACAAGCCCCUUAAGCUUUAUUUACCUUGUGGAAUUACACAGUAUCCCAGUCCAUGCUUUUAUCCCGUUACUGAAGUCUAUUCAUAGCUUAGCGAAAGUUAAAAAGGCCUCUUGUGAGGAGCAGAGGGGCAUUUGAGGUUUCAUCUUUUGAUUAUCAAAAGCUUUCCUUGUAAAUGUUGCUUGAUCUUGAUCAUAUAAUAUUUAUGAAAGAGCUGUAGAAAAGUUGCAAGGAAUUCGUGGAGUGUGUAUUUUUAAAAUAAGCCAAUGCAGAAUGUAUUGGACAUGAAUGACUUUUUCCUUCUGUAUACACAGAAUAUCACGUUGGACCUGGUUGUGUUUAGUUCUGGCUCCUUUUAUUGGAAAAUUGGCCUUCAUCAUAAUUCCUGUUAAAAUCCUAGUGUGGGUGAUGGACAUGUAAAUAGCUUUGUGACUAGGCGUGCCAACACCGAGAGUAUUUACCCAGGAUAAGUUGGGCAUCUCAAGCCCCUGACUGUGAUUUAAUUACCACUGGUGGAAACUUGAAAUUCAGAAGGAGUUUUUAAAUAUUGUCGUAUUCAGGUGGUUGGAGCAGCUCUGCAAGUUCGAUGUUCCCUAAGGUGUAUCUUAUAUAUUCAGAGUAUUCAAGCUUGCCUGCUGGGUUGACCAUUACAAAAUAUUGUCACCUACAAAAUGCUUUGUUUUCCUUUACAGAUUGAAAGUCCUUUCAGAGUAAAAGUCCUUAACUGGGGAUGAUUGUUCAGGUGUGUAAACCGUGAACUCACGAUCUACACACAUUUGUUUUCUAUUGACUGCUCAUAUCAAACCCCCACCCCCUAUUUUCAUAAUAAACAUGGGCAGUUUGAAUGUAAACCACCAUAAUUCACAUAAUCAGCUGCAAUGUCAUUUAUCAAACUACUUGGCUCUGAUAUUGACUAUGUUUUUGGGUGAAAGCCCAUUUCCCUUCCAUGUAGUUAGUAGGGACAUUUGGAUCACAUAUUGUUUUGACUGUUUGUGAUGAAGAACUUGGCACCAGCAAUUAGGGCAACCAAACCGAAAUAAUCUAGAUAUAAUCAGUACAUAUACGUUUUUCUUCCUUCUGUUGUGUUGCUUCUGUAGAGUUUUGAUGUCUUCAAUCCCAUAUUCAGCACAACCUUUCAUAAUCAAUGUCUUCAUCAUGCGAGGGUUUUGAGUGAUGAUAAUGAUGAACCUGUCCAUUGUGAUGAGUCUGGUUGAAAUUGAGUUUUACUGCAGAAGUAAAGACAAAUGACGAUGACUUGAUUCAUUCUGUCUUUUCAAGAUGAGCUUGAGGGACAGCAAAUGAAAUCUACAAUGUUCACAGAGCUGUAGUUCUUGUUCCUUGGCACUCCAGUCCCCCAGAAACACCACCAGAUAUCUUUUUUUAUUUUGUUUUUCUUUAAAGAUUUAGGAUUGUAUGAUGUGUAAGAGUAAGUAUAAAACAAUAAAUUCACAAAGUUUAUUUUAAA